CGGGGCCUGCCGCGCAUGCGCGCGCCCAGGGGCGUGGCGCACCUUGACCCGCCGGCUGCGCGUGCGCGCGCCCAGGCGGCGCGAGGUCAGGGCGGGGGGAUGUUACUCCGGCUGGUGGGGGCGGCGGGCAGUCGGGCCCUGGCCUGGCCUUUCUCCAAACUGUGGCAAUGUGGCGGGUGCGCAGGAGGCGGCGGGACGGUGUGGAGCAGCGCGAGGCCCCGUGGCACCGCUGGGCAGUGUCCUCCAGGGAGAUGCUCCAAGCAGCUGGCUCUGCAGGGAAGACUGACUUCAUUUUCUCCGAGGCUGAAUUCAAAACCUCCCAGAGAACCAAAUAAUGCUGGGUCUGGAGGAAAUGGAGGCAAGAGAGGAGGGAAGCAAGAUGACUUUGCCUGGUGGAAACGGAUACAAAAGGGGGAGUUUCCUUGGGACGACAAGGAUUUCCGGAGUCUGGCUGUCCUGGGGGCCAGUGUGGCCGUGGGCUUUUCCUACCUCUACUUCCGGGACCCCGGGAAGGAAAUCACCUGGAAGCACUUCGUGCAGUAUUACCUGGCCAGAGGUCUGGUGGAUCGGCUGGAGGUCGUGAACAAGCAGUUUGUGCGUGUAGUUCCUGUUCCUGGGACGACACCUGAGAAGUUCGUGUGGUUUAACAUUGGUAGUGUCGACACCUUUGAGCGGAACCUGGAGUCUGCGCAGUGGGAGCUGGGGAUUGAACCCACCAACCAGGCUGCAGUGGUUUACACCACUGAGAGCGAUGGCUCUCUUCUCAGAAGCUUGGUGCCCACCCUGGUCCUGGUUGGCAUCCUCCUCUAUGCUAUGAAGAGGAGUCCAAUGGGGACUGGUCGUGGUGGGCGAAGAGUCGGCCUGUUCAGUGUUGGUGAGACGACAGCCAAGAUCUUAAAGAACAACAUUGAUGUGCGAUUCGCAGAUGUGGCUGGCUGUGAAGAAGCCAAAUUGGAAAUUAUGGAAUUUGUGAAUUUCCUGAAGAACCCAAAGCAAUAUCAGGACUUAGGAGCCAAAAUUCCAAAGGGAGCAAUGCUCACUGGUCCACCUGGGACUGGCAAAACUCUUCUUGCAAAAGCAACUGCUGGGGAGGCCAAUGUGCCCUUCAUCACUGUGAAUGGCUCAGAGUUCCUGGAAAUGUUUGUUGGUGUUGGGCCAGCGCGGGUCCGCGACAUGUUUGCAAUGGCCAGAAAAAAUGCUCCUUGUAUUUUAUUCAUUGAUGAGAUUGAUGCAAUCGGCCGGAAGCGAGGCCGAGGCCACCUGGGAGGCCAGAGUGAGCAGGAGAACACUCUAAACCAGAUGCUCGUGGAGAUGGACGGGUUCAACUCUACCACUAAUGUGGUAGUGUUAGCUGGCACCAAUCGCCCCGAUAUCCUUGACCCAGCCCUGACAAGGCCUGGCCGGUUUGACCGCCAGAUCUACAUUGGUCCCCCUGAUAUCAAAGGCAGGUCGUCCAUCUUCAAGGUCCACCUGCGUCCACUCAAGCUGGAUGGAAGCCUCACCAGAGACACCCUUUCAAGGAAGCUGGCAGCUCUCACUCCAGGCUUCACUGGUGCUGAUAUUUCAAAUGUGUGCAACGAAGCAGCUCUGAUUGCUGCCCGCUAUCUUAGCCCUUCCGUCCAGGAGCGGCACUUUGAGCAAGCUAUCGAGAGGGUCAUUGGAGGCCUUGAGAAGAAGACCCAGGUCCUACAACCCAAUGAAAAGACAACUGUGGCCUACCAUGAGGCUGGGCACGCAGUGGUGGGCUGGUUCUUGGAGCAUGCAGACCCUCUGCUGAAGGUGUCCAUCAUACCUCGGGGCAAGGGCCUUGGCUAUGCCCAGUACCUUCCCCGGGAGCAGUACCUGUAUACACGGGAGCAGCUCUUCGACCGCAUGUGUAUGAUGCUGGGGGGUAGGGUGGCCGAGCAGCUGUUCUUUGGUCGGAUCACCACAGGGGCCCAGGAUGACCUGAAGAGGGUCACCCAGAGUGCCUAUGCCCAGAUUGUGCAGUUUGGAAUGAGUGAGAGGCUGGGCCAGGUAUCCUUUGACCUCCCCAGACAAGGUGAAACCAUGGUGGAGAAGCCGUACAGCGAGGCUACUGCCCAGCUCAUUGAUGAGGAGGUCCGGUGCCUUGUGAGGUCUGCCUAUGAUCGGACCCUCGAGCUACUCACACAGUGCCGGGAGCAGGUUGAGAAGGUGAGCAGGCGACUCCUGGAGAAAGAAGUGCUGGAGAAGGCCGAUAUGGUGGAACUCUUGGGCCCUCGGCCCUUUGCAGAGAAGUCCACCUAUGAGGAGUUUGUAGAGGGCACCGGCAGCCUAGAGGAGGACACAUCCCUUCCUGAGGGCCUGAAAGACUGGAAUCAGGGCCGGGAGGAAGGAAGCACUGAGCAGUGCUUGCAGGAGAGCCCUGUGUAGCCCAUGGCCUGUGGCUGGGACGCAACUGUCAGUAACUGGGAAACAGAUUAAAACAACUGCAAACAGA